AUGAGUAAGUUCAAAACCAUUGAUACAUUUUUUAAAAGAAAAGAUCAAGAGAAUGAAGAUGCUUCUACUAUUACUACUCCAAUACUUGAGGGGUCAUCAAAUUUCAUUACUUCAAGUUCUCCAUUGAAUAGCUCAAAGCGUCCACAACUUCUUCCAAAUCAACUGGAUGUUUUUCGUUUGGAAAGAGAUCCUGGAAUGCGACCAAUGAUUUGGAAGUUUCCUCCAAAUAAAAGAGAUAAAAUCCAUCGGGCUUAUAUUAAAGUUGGGCCAAAUCAACCAAUUCUUGAUAAUUAUCCAUUUUCUGGUGAUAAAACUCAUCGUCGCUUUCAAGCUUCAUGGUUUAAAUUGUUCCAAUCUUGGUUAGAAUAUUCUAUAGAAGAUGAUGCUAUAUAUUGUUUUCCAUGCUUUCUUUUUGCUAAGGAACCUUCAAUCAAUACGGGUUCAAAUACUUUUAUUGAGAAUGGUUUCAGGAGUUGGAAGAAAGUAAAUAGUGAAAAAGAAUGUGCUCUUUUGAAUCACAUUGGCAAAGGUCCCAACUCAUUCCAUCAUAAGGCGCUGAAAUCAUGUGAUGAUUUGAUGAAACAAUCACAACAUAUCGACAGACUUCUUCAUAAGCAAACAUCAGAAGAGAUUGAAAAGAAUCGAAUUCGAUUAGGAGCAUCUAUAUAUUGCAUUAGAUGGUUGACAUUUCAAGGUUGCGCAUACAGAGGACAUGAUGAAAGCCAAAGUUCAAGCAACAGAGGUAACUUUUUGGAAAUGUUGAAAUUUUUGGGAUCUUACAAUGAAAGAGUGAAAAAGAAUGUUUUGGAAAAUGCUCCAAAAAAUGCUAAAUAUACUUCAAAUGAUGUCCAAAAAAAAUUCUACAUAUUCUUGCUACUAAGGUGA